GAUUAUUUCAAUGUCACCUUAUUCGUGCCUUUUCCCAAAUCACUCCGCUAUUGUCAAAGAGCACCUCGUUCCACCGCCGCUAUUCCCACCAUGAACUCCUCCGGCGACAACCAGCAAUGUAAGAAGAAGAGAAAAGCAUUGACGCCAGAGACGCAGUUCCGUUUAGCCCUCGACCAGUGUUCCAAAAGCAAAGACCUUAAAGCCGCAAUCUCCCUCUACGACUCCGCCGUCUCCAAACCAUCCUCAAUCCGCAUGUCCAACCAUCACUUCAACUCAUUCCUAUAUAUCUGCUCCAAUGCCGUGUCCAAACCGGAAACCAAGCAAUCCGCAAUCGAAUUUGGUCUCCGGGUAUACGAGAACAUGGUUUCCGGCGGCGCUAGCCCCAAUGAGGCUACUGCCACCUCCGUUGCUCGGCUGGUCGCCGCCAAUAACGACGGUGACACUGCGUUCGAGCUUGCAAAGGGCGUCGGGAAUGGAGGGAAGCUCAGGACAUAUGGACCGGCCCUCUUUUGCUUUUGUAGGAAUGGAGAGGCUGACCAGGCUUAUCAAGUGGAGGAGCAGAUGGAAUCUAUCGGACUUCAACUUGAGGAGCCUGAGCUUUGCGCCUUGUUUAAGGUGAGUGUGGAGAAAGAGAAUCAAGCAAAUGUUUACAAUUAUUUGCACAAGUUGAGAAAGGCUGUGAGGGGAGUGAGUGAGAUGACAGCAGAGAUCAUAGAGGGCUGGUUUAGAGGGGAAGUUGCUUCUAUGUCAGGUUUACUGAAAUGGGAUGCAAACCAGGUGAAAGAAAUGCUGGUGAGGAAUGGUGGUGGGUGGCAUGGACUUGGAUGGCUUGGGAAGGGUAAGUGGGCCGUGCAGAGGACAAGUAUUGCUUCUGAUGGACAGUGCCUCACUUGUUCAGAGCAGUUGGUAUGUGUUGACAUUGCCAGGGAAGAAACAGAGACAUUUGCUUAUUCUGUUUCAUCCUUAGCUAUGGAAAGGGAAUCACAGUCAAACUUUAAAGAGUUUCAGGAUUGGUUGGAAAGCCAUUCUGAAUUUGAAGCUGUAGUGGAUGGAGCAAAUAUUGGGCUCUAUCAACAAAACUUUGCAGAGGGCGGGUUUAGUGCUUCCCAGAGCAGCUUAUUGCAGUUGUUAAUCAUUUGCAUAAUAGGAGUAAUAAAUGGCCCCUUGUUGUCUUGCACAAAAAACGUGUCCGGGCACUCCUUGAGAGUGCCAACCACAGAGAGGUAAUUGAGAAAUGGAUAAAUGAAGGAGUGCUUUAUCCAACACCUUAUGGAUCAAAUGAUGACUGGUACUGGCUUUUUGCUGCUGUGAAACUCCAGUGUUUUCUUGUGACAAAUGAUGAAAUGAGAGAUCACAUUUUUGAGCUUUUUGGUAGCAAUUUCUUUAUCAGAUGGAAAGAAAGACAUCAGGUAAGGUACACAUUUGUGAAAGGCAACCCAAGUCUUUCAUUGCCGCCUUCCUUUUCAAUUGUGAUUCAGGAAUCUGAGAAAGGAUCCUGGCAUGUACCACUGGCAAGUGAAACUGUGGACGAGUCUACUUCGGCAUGGCUGUGCAUUACGAGACCAUACUGCAAAGACUCGAAUGAAAAGGUACAAUACAAUCUAGAAACUUCGGAAACCUGUGAAAUCCGUAGGUGUGAUCAAUUCCUGGAUUCAAAGCAGAACUCUGAUGCUUGCAACGGCAUUAGUAAUAGUCCAGUGUUAAUAGCCGGCAAGAGGAAAGACAGGUCUUGAUCUUUGUCGAUAUUUCUGCAACAUCUCAAUUAUUGGAAUCACCAAAGUUUACCUUACUUUAAUCCGAUAUUCGCAUAAAGAACCAUAUAAAUGCUCACACAAGUUCAUGUUGUGUGGGUUUCUAGAUACAUUUCGACGAGAUAUUUUAUGUAAAUAAUUUAAUUCAUCAUUUGAGCAAAUUAUCAAUAUUUCAUACGCAUAUAGUGACAUAAUAUUGGAGUAUAAGGUAACUUCUUUCGUCAUAAACAAACAUUCAGCAUUUCUUUGAUGUCAUGUGUAUUGUUUUAAAUUUGAUUAAUGUCUGAACUUCGAU